CUCAUUUCAACCAAUCAGCAGGCGGUGUCGUGUACCGCAAUGGCGGAGACAAAGAAGACGAGUGGAAAUCCUCCUGCUUCAAACGAAUCCGGCAACAUGUCCAGCUGCAGGGACUGCGUGUGUGCGGUUUUGAAGCUUUUCGCAGACUUCGGGAAAGAGCUGAAAUUAGGGGAUGCUUCUCUGCGGAUAGAUGUCAAUUUCGAUGCUGUGGCUCUUUCCUCAUCUCCAAGUGCUCGUGUGUACAACAGUUUGCAGGAGCAUAUCAUUAAGUUACAGGCUGUUUCGGAAAGUUUAAAGACACUGGUGGAUGCUGAUGCAUCAUCUACUAAAGACAAAGCAUCAAUUGAUGAUGUCACCUCAUCGUCACUCACGGAGCAGACGUCUGCACUGUCUGAGCAUCAUCCUCCAGGCUCAGACUGUGCAGAAAGCAAGACGGCGCCUGAUGACGUCAUGGUUCAGAUCAGAGCCAGGAAGUCAGAGAUUGAGCGAAGAAUAUCUGCAUUUAUGGAACGCAAGCAGAUGGAGAUCAAUGAAAACAAUGUGCGCGAGUUUUGCAACGUGAUCGACUGCAAUCAGGAAAACAGCUGUGCCAGAACAGAUGCAGUUUUCACACCUUAUCCAGGUUUUAAAAGCCACGUGAAAGUUACGCGGGUGGUAAACACAUACGGGCCCCAGACUCGGGGAGGCCAAGGAGAGGCCGGGGAGCAGCAGAGGGGGCCGCUACCAAGAGACUGUGGGAACGCAGCCAUCGAAGAACGACUACACAACAUCGAGAAUCACCUGAAACUCCCGACAGCCGGCCCGGUUCCAUUGAGUGUGUACCAGCGACUAAAGAAGCUGGAGGAUCGUAUCCUGGAGUUGGAGGGACUCUCACCAGAGUACUUUCAGUCCACGAGCCUCCUUCACAAGAGACCAAAGACAACUCCUGCUCAGGCCUGCAGUCUGACCGAGCUGGAUGAGAAGAUCAGUGCAGUGAAAGCAGCACUGAUGAAGAGAGCGACUGAAUUCAGGCCUGGCUAUGGAACAGAGUGUCCGUUGUGACGCACCCACAAACCAAUGCUCCAAGUAAAACAUCUCUUAACAGUGUCUGUCAGCCAUAUCAGUGGCUCUUGUAGUCUUUAAAAACACUUUGUAUUAACCUCAUGUCAUCUCUGUCACAGACCACAACUUCAUGUCCUCUUUAUAGUUUUGUAAUGAACAGAAAAGUAACUUCUCUGUAAAUAAAAGUAUUUGUUUCUUCAUGAA